GUAUAUACUUUUCCCAACGGUUGUCGUGGCGCUGUGCCGUGGCGAUCGCGCAAAACAGGAAGGCGUAAACGUAUACGACGGACACGACCGGAGAAUACGUAUUGGUAUUCCCCUUCUAUUCUUUCUAGUCCAGUCCGUCGUGACGAACGCUGCUGUUGUUCCGUUGCUGGCUCGGACGAACCGCGAACGUAGAGCGCGGAGGCAGAGCCAGAACCAAGUCGCGGGACUCGUGGGGUCGGGCGGCGGGAUAUUGUCGUGUGUCGCGCGGCGCGCCGUAUCGAGCGUUCGUCCCGUCGCACCUUCCUUACUCUUGGCUCGGCACGGGAGAGAGAAAGAGAGAGAGAGAGAGAGAGAGAGAGUAAAGUCGGCGCGGAGCCUCGCGGACUCUCACACGGCUCUCCCGUACGGUGGGCCGUUCACGUUGCAUCUGUACAACACGCGCAAGUGCGCGACCGUGGAGGCCACAGAGAUGCCGGAUGCGCUUUGAACGUGCGUUCGCGCCGCCGUGUGGUCGCCGUGAUCGCCGCAGCCGCUUCCUCGAGAUCGCCACCUUCGUCGGCUCUCCAGGGAUCCCCCUGGACCCUGAAUGCGCACUCCUCCCCGCGCCGUUAGUGCCGUCCUCGCGCGAGGAUCACGCGCGUCCCUCUUCCUCCCGAGAGCGCCGCUAUGCUGACGCUGCUGCAGCAUCAAACGGAGCAGACAAUAGCUCGAAAAUGGGGUUGAGACGACGGCGUAACAAGCUGAGCGGGACGUCCACGUGGCAAUCAGCUUAGACCCCGUGAAAGAAGAUGACGACUGCCAUGGCCCGGCUGCCCUGCAAGCAAUCCUCGCCCUCCUCGCAGCAGACGCGAGUGAACAAUUUCGGAAACAGCCGGAACCCGUACUGGGACAUGCAGCAAGUCAGGCAUCCCGCGCCGUCGUACGUCAGAAAUCAUCAUCGACAUACCGAUCAUACAGGGAAGCGGAAGAGCGCCGUGGAGCUACUACAAGAGACGAAAGCCUUCUACGUGAAGAGCGAGACCGUACUGGAUCGGAAGCAGGAGCUGAAGAAUAGCGGUCACCUGCAGGUAUCGCAGCUGAGCGCGACCGGCGCACCGCCGAGGCUGCUGCGGAAAUGCACCGGCAACUCGUCCGCCUGUCCUAUGCAGCCGACCUCGCCGUCGCAGUUGCAACCUCCCAUGACGCCGCCCUGCUGCUGGGCUUCGUGUCACGAACAAGAUAGACUAGAUGGAAUUCUGAGUCCUCAACAAACACUGCCACCCGCGCUGCCACCGAAGAGUCCACGUUUGGUUCCGGUUCCCCAAAGACGGACGAUUUCGGGGCCCCCGAGCUGUACCGGGGGCGAGCUGCAAACAAAGCUGCGCCGGUUGCUGAACACCGACAGCAAGGAGAAUAUGUUCUUUCCUGAGAGCCCGCCGCAGAACACGGUGCAGAGCAACGGGAUGCCGGCGCGGGAGGAGAAAUUCCGAUACUCGCCCGGAAGUCUUUCGCCUAAUUGUCGGGACGAAGAUCGUAUCCUGCAUUGCGCGCCGCAAGAUGUUCGCUUCAAGUUUGGCAGAAGCAACUCGCACUCGCAUACUUCCGGUAGACCCGGCCGGAAGUCGAAUAGCUCCCAGUCGGUUGAAAACACGAUAUGCCACAAGUCGCUGCCGGAUCUCCACACAAGCACGCGUCGCCGGGCAUCACUUUCUCCGCGGGCAUCUACGAAACUAUCCGCGAAGCCACCUACCCAUCACCAAGCUACAAACACGAGCAAUUGCCCGGAUUACGAAACUAGUUCGGAUUACUCGGAUCAUAGUUUUAAACGUGACUCUGUUUGUUAUCGCAGUUCCCGCCAUAUUAGGCGAUCUUUGGGAUCCGGCGGCGGCGAUGCGAGCAGCGUGUUAUCCUCGGGCGGGCGAACACAGAAAUCAUCAGGUUCGAGCAAGUUGAGUCAUGGCGCGACAGCCAGAGACUCCGGUGGCUCCUCUGGUCACUGUACUCAUCGCAGUGAACCAGCGCCAAGAAUCCAGGAUUGCUGGGCUCAUAUACGCAGAGACAGUGGCGCGUCCACGCAACAUUCUACUGAGAAAGAUCGAUCGAGAAAAGGUAGCUACAUUGGUGGAACGCCGCCAUCCGUUGUGAGACAAUACAGUCCUGAACUGGAUUCUGAAAGUAGCAAUAGUCAAACGGACUACAGCCCGACUUGUAAUUCAAGGUUCUCAGAUGGUUGGAAGGAAGGUCGCGGUCGACCAAUCCUUCGAUCGAAAUCGGACAUCAGCGAUCGAUAUUGGCGCCAGGAUAACGGCCGUUCCAGCAAAGUAUCUUCUCGCCCGCUUCGAUCGAUGACUCAACUCGAGAAUUUCUUUGACCGUUUAGGACUGGACUCGGAUAACUAUCAGCGUAUAACGGAAGCUGACUCCAAGUCGUCGUCACCCGUAUUCUUCGACAGCGUCAGUUCCGUAGAUUCGGCGUUGGGUCUUUACUCCUGGAUCGGCGCUAAUCAGAACCAAGGCAACCAGUGGCAGAACAACUGCAGCAUCGGCAUGGGUAACGACGAGUGUAACCAAAGAGUAAACGAUCCACCGAGUAUCGUCGAGCGAAACGCACGUAUUAUCAAAUGGCUUUGCCAAUGCCGCAAAGUGCAGUUAGGAUACAGUUAAACAACGAGUUUCUCAGUUGAGUAAAUCCCUCAUUUUCAAUGACAGUACAUUCAAAUCAACGAUAUGGUAAUGUUUGUUGUCAUUCUAUAAACGGUAUACACACUCCGCGGAAAAUACCGAAUUCAUAUGUUUCUCAUAAAUGUGGAAUUGAUUGCCCUUUCCUCUUUCUUUUACAACUUGCAUAAUAUUUAAUCGUUUUUAUUAAUCUUGUAUUAGCUGUUUGUUAGGCGUACAAUAAUAUAUUUAAUUUAUUAUAAUAACAAACAUGUGCCAUUUUAUAAUCACUUGUUACAGUUCUCUACGGUGUGCCUUUCAUUGUCGUUAUGCAUUCAGGGUAAAGGAAGAAGUUUUAAAAACAUAUUUACAUGAUAUUGCGUUACUAAAAUUUAUAUAAACAAUUUUGAUGUUUAAUAUAUUUGAGGGCACACAUAAAAUUUACUUCUAAUAAAUAUUAUUAUUCUCGGACAAAUAUGUUAUUAUAUUUUGAUAUUAUUAAUUUUGUAAUAAAUCUACGAUAUGUUGUGCGAAAAUUUUUCCUAUUUAGCAAAGCAAUACUAGAUUAUCAUGAGACAUUAGUAAAGUCGUGCAUAAGGAAUGUGGAAUUUAUUACAUUUUGAUGUAAAGUUGUAUAAAUUUAGUGAUGCGUGUUUCUCAUUUUCAAUCUUGAAAAUGAUUAGUUGAUUUGUAGAGAAGAAAAUCUCCGACGAAAGAUAUUUACCUCGACUUUAUGAAAACUUAUAGAUCUAAUUUCAUAACAAAAAAGAAUUAAAAAAUGUUGCCUUUACUCUUGUUGGUUUCUAAAAAAAACCACAUAUAUUUAAAGUGAAAUAAGCGUUCAAUUGAUGUUAAUAUUUGACGAAAUUUAGAAAGUGAUCGAUGAGUUAUAAAUAGCUUGAUGUAUUAAACGAUUAAACGAUAGACAAAAAUAUGAUUCCAAUUUUGUAGUUUGGUAGGAAUUGAUGUGAUUUACAGUAAUACUGUAUAAAGUGAAAAAAGACGCUCAUUCGUCAUCAUUCUAUUUUAAUAAUAAUCUACAAAGGUUUACACUAGCUUCACUGUAUUAGCUUUUACGCUCAUCUUUUGUUUCUAUCAUACAACGUAAAUCAUACAACGUAAAUCAUAUAAAACAAAUAUAGUAAACAUAUAUUUUCUAAAUUUACUCUUAAACUGAUCUGAUAAUAUGCUCUAAACCUGAUCUGAUAAUACGCUAUAUUUACAAAGACUGCGUAAACUUUACAAAUGACAUUAACAUAUAAUGCUUAACAUAUGAUGCUUCUUGAAUUUUUAUUCCUUCGCCAAUUACAGUACAGAGAUUUAUUAUUGUACUUACAAGGAAAUAUAUAAUGCAGAAACUUAAGUUAAUAAUACAGAAUAAUUUAAUUUAAUAAUUUGAUUAUAUGCAAAUCAAUGUUUUCUAUUUUGUAUUUUGAGUAUCGCAUAUUUUACAUUUUAAUAACGAAUUAAUUAUAUGGCAGUUGUACUUAUAGCUCUUUGAUUAUUUAAUUUUCAAUAUUUUUGUAUUUAAUAUUUAAUUGCAACUGACAUGUGGCAAUGUGCAUUUUGUAUAGUAUAAUAUUGUUAUUAUUAUACUGUAUUAUUAUCUCAUCCCACAUGUAAUCCUUUUAUGCGAUCUUUUUGAUUGAAUAUAAAUGUAUUGAAAUAUAAAGUAUUAUUAAUAACAGUAGACUCUUCAUUUUAUGGAGUUCCGUAUUACAAUUUCCGUUUUUUGAAUUGAUUGUAACUUUGUUAAAUGAUGUACUUCUGCUCUUUGAUUGCUGAUAUAUAUUACGUUUACGUGAAUGAGAAAGAAAGUGAAAGGCAGAAUAGUUAUUCAAACGGCACAUGUGCUGUUAAGAUAAGAAAGUGAUAGUCUAAAAGGAAAACUUUGCAGUUCGAGAGAUCCUGAUACUUUCCCAUUUCUAAAACGGGAAAUUGAUUGGGGUUGAUUUUUAAAAUUAUACGAAAAAAUUUCGCAUACGAAAGUAACAAUUAGAGAUCUUUUAGAUCUCAAAUCAUAUAUCACUCGACGAAUCCGGGGCAUUUGCAUGCGAAAUUUUUUCGUACGAGUUCAAAAAUCGGGUUCCAGAUUUUAUAAAUAAGAAGAGAUUCUGCAUUAUCUAUCUCUUAUUUUUUACGAAAGGAUAUUAUUAAUUUGCACAAUAACACACAAUAACAAACAUGAAGUUUGUUCACAUAAUUAACAAUUUAAUUAUUAACUUUUUGUCCGGUUAUUUAGUUCUCCCUACUCUAUGGCAAUCAAAUGGUAGUAUAAGAAACUUUGGAUGUUCACGACACUUAUGUGAUUCAUAUAUUCUUGUAACAUGCGAUUUUUGUGUAAUACAAAAUACAGUUAUUCUCGAACUUCUCUAAUUUCAUAUGAUAUAGAUGUUUUAAAUAUGUAAUCAACAAUUUUGCAAAACUAAAAUAUGAUACAGCAUUUAAAAGUAGAAAGAGAAGGAAGUUGAUACCAUUAUCUAUAUAAUACAGUCUUGUAUUUUUUUUUGAACAGUUUAAAGACUUCUUGUAUAUGGAGUGUCUCAGGCAUUCUAUGCCAGACUACAUUUGUUAGAGGCUAAAUUACAAAUCUAAGUAGAUUUGCUUUGCUGUUGAAACAAUUUUACAGAUAAACUUAAGAAUUAUACAGAAUUUUAGUGAUUAUAAACUUUAGAUUUUUUAUUCAAGUCUCAAUCGCCAAAAUAUUGAAUGUUAAAGAUUAGAAAACUAUGGAAAGAAAUGGCAUUGAGUUAAUUUCAAAGUUGCCAAAGAGUCUAAAAUCGAGCAAAUUUACAGUGCCCGAGACACUAUAUAUAAGGUAUAUAUGGAUAUAUAUUGGCGUAACAGUAGAGAUAACUAGCGUUUAUUAUACUUGCAAUCUUCGGUAAAGAUAUAUACAGAAUUUAUAAAGUUUAUAAUCGCUGCUAAUAGUAGUGGUCAAUUGUAAAGCGUUAUGGCACAAAAUUAAACAUGUGACUAAAAUAUGCUUGUAAAAUACACACACACACACACACACACACACACACACAUUAUAUAUAUAUGACAUUUCCUAAAUUUUUUUCGAAGUCAUAUGACAUUUUUUUUAAUGAUAGAACAAAUGAUAAUAGAACAGAUACGUGGACGUAGCAUCAAUGCUGUGCAUCUGUAUACACUAUAAUUAAUGUUAUGAAGCUGAAAAUAUUGGAAUUGAAUUUACACACACACACACACACACACGCGCGCGCGCGCGCGCAAAGAGAGAGAAAGAGAGAGAGAGAGAGUGACUAUGAGGAUUAAAUUAGAUUAAUUAGAAUUAUAUAAGUUUCUGUAUCAUAACUUGCUUAAGUUCCACGAUAUGCCUGCUUUAUAAAAAUUGUCACUAUUUUAAAUUUUAAUGCAGGUUAUUCAAGAACAAUAAAGAGAAUUAUGUAUAGUUGAAUUUCGCUUUGCGUUAGUGCAUAAUCUAGAAUUAUGAUACACUAAAUUAAAUAUGAUACACUAUGAUUAAAUAUUUAUUUAUACAAUUGUUUAUAAUAUCGCGUUAUGUAUUAAGUAAUCGAUCGAAAAAGGAAUUAUAUAAUUCUCUUUGUAUAUUUUUGCAAUGUUUACGGUUGCCCGUGUUUUAUAUAAAUAUUAGUCAUCUUAUUUUAUAAUAUUUUUUAGAUAGUAUUCUGCUUUGUUAUUUAUAGAAUAUAUUUUACGAGUUGUUGCAGUUUCUCGUAAUAUGGUUUUUAUUUCUAAUAUAUGUAAAGAAUUUCGGAAAAUAUAAGAAUAUCGAAAAGCAAGUAUUUAUAUACGUAUUAGAGGCAUGGAGAAAAUUAAAUAAUAAUUGAAGAAAUGUUUUAUGAUGAGAUAUGAAAUAUUCAAAUUCUGUACUACAGUUUUCUUCAUCUUUUUCAGAAGUGUUUGUUAUAUAUUAGUAUAGAAAUUAUUUUAUAUUUCGUCGUAUACAGAGAGGCUUAAGUAUUUUUUAUAUGCGUAAGAACAAAAUAAAUUAAAGCU